AUGUGCUUUAGGGGUUUGGAUCCCUUGGCUUCGAGGCAGCAGCAGAAGCAAACCACGCUGCUGCGGCAGCAGCAGCAGCAGCAGCAGCAGCGGCAGCAGCAGCAGCAGCAGCUGAGGGGGCAGCAGCACGGACCGCAGCUGCAGCAGCAGCUGAAGAGGCAGCAGCAAAGUCUGCAGCAGCAGCAGCAGCAGCAGCAGCAGUACCUGCAGCAGCUGCAGCAACCUCUUAACAACAGCAACAGCAGCAACAGCAGCAGCAGCAGCAGCAACACCACCAGACACAGCAGCAUCUUAGCCUGCAGCAGCAGCUGCAGCAGCAGCAGCAGCAGCAGCAGCAGCAGCAGCAGCAACAGCAGCAGCAGCAGCAGCAGCAGCAAAAGAAGAACACAGCAGCAGCAGCAGCAGCAGCAGCAGCAGGAGAAGACGAAGCAGCAGCGGGCUCAGGCGGAGCCCCAGCAGCAGCAGCAGCAGCAGCAGCAGCAGCAGCAGCAGCAGCAGCAGCAGGAGGAGAUGAGGCAGCAGCAGCAGCAGCAGCAGCAGCAGCAGCAGCAGGAGAAGACGAAGCAGCAGCGGGCUCAGGCGCAACCCCCCCACCAGCAGCAGCAGCAGCAGCAGCAGCAGCAGCAGCAGCAGCAGGAGGAGGAGAUGAGGGUUUGCUGCUGA